UAUAAACCUAGCAUCUCUCUUUUCCCCCCAGCCCUUUUCUCCUUUUCUAACUCACGCCUAGAAGUCAAAGACGGCUGCCAUUGAUACUGAUCCUCCGAGAACAAAAUGACCGACCAAGAAACCAAAGAGCCUAUCGUCUCCCACGGCCGCGGCGGCCAGGGAAAUAUUGGCGCCGACUCGACCAAAUACGUCGACGGCGAAAUCGUGCGCUCCGGUCCGACGGGCGACCAAGGCGACGGCGCAUAUUCUGCCGGGCGUGGUGGCGCAGGAAACAUCGGCUCCCCGCGUAUCCGCCCUUCGACGCCUGGCACCGUCCACGAUGCGGAGGUGAUUCCGGACUUGGCGGUGCGGAAUAGCUCUGAUGGUGACUAUCAUAUCGGGCGCGGUGGACAAGGUAAUGUGCACCUCGACGAGAGCCACAAGAAGAAAUCAUCGGUGGCCGUGGAAGGGCUGGCGGAUAAAUUGAAGAACAAGAUUCUGGGGAAGAAGUGAGGAAACAUUAAUAAGUUAUAGACUGUUUAUUUUGGGGGUUUUGUUCUCCAUUGUUCUUCGUGGCUUGCUUGAGAUAUCUGAUACAGCAUCGAAUCGAGAAUAAGAAUUGAGUUUAUACUACAUAUUCAAUGUUGGGAGUGAUCAAAGUAUCAUUGGACCAGACGCAAUGUGGAAGCUGUGCGUCACGUACAUU